AUGCGGACAAAGCACCAGGUCCGGAUGGAUUCUCCUCGGGAUUCUUUCAGACCAAUUGGGAUUCCAUUGGACCUGAUAUUGUCAAAGAAGUGCAAGAGUUUUUUGAAACCAGUAAAGCUCCCAGUGAAGAUUAACGAGACUUUUAUCCGACUCAUCCCAAAAGUCACUGGGCCGCAAGCAGUCACGGACUAUCGACCAAUAGCAUUAUGCAACGUCUACUACAAGAUCAUCUCUAAGAUCUUGACAAAGCGACUGCAACCUCUACUCACAGAAAUCAUCUCAGAAACUCAAUCCGCCUUUGUCCCGGGAAGAGCAAUUGCAGAUAAUGUCUUGAUCACCCAUGAAGUUCUCCACUACCUCCAAACCUCUAAAGCGGAGCAGCGGGUCUCUAUGGCUGUCAAGACGGAUAUGAGUAAAGCUUAUGACAGUGAGGUGCUCUCGGGACUUUGUAAUAGAGCUCAAGAAGCUGGUCGGCUGACCGGUAUUCGAGUGGCAAAUGAGAGUCCAAGGAUAAAUCACCUUCUCUUUGCGGACGACACAAUAUUCUUUCUCAAGGCCGAUCCGGAAAAUGCAACCGCCUUGCAAUCGAUCUUGACUAGCUACGAGACAGCAUCCGGCCAAUCGAUCAACACCAGCAAAUCCUCCAUUACUUUCUCUCGAAGAGCGCCAAACUCCGUCAAGACACAUAUCAAAGACUGUCUACAAAUCCAAAAAGAAGGUGGCACCGGGAAAUAUUUUGGUUUACCCGAGCAUUUUGGUCGGCGAAAACGGGAUCUUUUCACAUCCAUAGUGGACAUAAUAAAGAUCAAGGCAAGCAGUUGGUCGAAAAGGCACUUAUCCGCAGCGGGUAAAAUGGUGAUGCUCAACAGUGUCCUUUCUCCCAUCCCGUCCCACGCCAUGACGUGUUUCAAGCUCCCAAAAUCUCUCAUCACUCGAAUCCAAUCAGCGGUAACGAGAUUUUGGUGGGACGACAAAGAUGGAAAGAAAAAGAUUGAUUGGGUUUCCUGGACUAAGAUGACUCAACCAAAGGACAAAGGAGGCCUAGGAUUCAGGGACUUUGAGAGUUUCAAUGACGCUUACCUGGCCAAACUGAGUUGGCGACUGAUCCAUAACCCCUCCUGCCUACUCAGUCGCAUUCUGCAGGGGAAGUACUUUGGAGAUUCAUCUUUCCUCGAAGCAUCAAACAAAACCGUGGAGUCACAUGGAUGGAGAGGGCUAAUGAUAGGCAGAGACCUCAUACUGAAAAACACUGGUUGGGUUGUUGGAAACGGAGAAUCUAUCAACAUAUGGGAAGCGCCAUGGCUGAGCCUUGAGGAAAAGAGACGACCAAUGGGACCACCUCCUCUUGCACAGCUAAACAUGAAAGUCGUUCACUUGCUCCAACCGAACAGGCAAGACUGGAACAUAGAGGAAAUUAGACGAGUUUUACCGCAGGAGGAAGAGACUAUUCUAAGCCUGAAACCAAGUAAAACCGGGGCUCCGGACAAACUGAUAUGGCUAGGCACCACUUCUGGAGAGUACACGACUCACUCAGGAUAUGAAACGGCCCUGAAGGAGCAUAACGCUAAUCUAGAAGACCCUCUGGCUACUGACAUCAACUGGGUUCGAGAUAUCUGGAAGAUAGAAACUGCCCCGAAAAUCAAGUUGUUUCUAUGGAAGGUCUUUCGUGCGGCACUUCCGGUAGGAAGCAAUCUUGCUGCCCGCAACAUUACAAACUCGACCCUAUGCAAUCGAUGUAACACCACUGAAUCUACCAAUCAUCUUUUUUUUCAAUGCAACUUCGCUCAAAAAGUAUGGAGCCUCGCUCCUUUCUCACAAAGUGUUGAUGUUAGAGGACUGGUAGAUUUAGCUUCUUGCUGGCAUUCUCUGUGUACUCUAGAGUGUCUCCCACCUUCGGGUGUUUCAGGGCAACUUGCUCCGUGGAUUCUUUGGGGUAUCUGGCUCGCGCGCAAUAAUCUGAUCUUCAACAACAAGCAGUCAUCACCCGAGGAAGUCAUCUCAUCGGCCAUAAACGCAGCAAGGGAAUGGCUCUCUGAACAGGUCAAGACUCCAACUCCUACACCGACCCCUCUACCUAGAGAGACAAGACCACCGCACACAACUGUGCGGAAGGACUAG